AUGAAUGGGACUCCUUCAGGGUAUUUUACUCCUUCCCGAGGUUUAAGGCAAGGGGAUCCGCUUUCCCCUCUUCUGUUCGUACUUUGCACUGAGGGCUUUGCGGCGCUCCUUCGCAAGGCUAUCACGGAAAAAAGAUUGGAAGGAGUGAAGGUGGCCCCUCGGGUGCCGCGGAUCUCGCACUUGUUCUUUGCGGAUGACUCGUAUUUAUUCCUGCGAGGGACCCUCAGGGAGUGUGAAAAUCUGAUUGAGGUCCUAAAUGAGUAUGAGGAGUUGAGCGGCCAACGGGUGAAUUUGACCAAGUCGGUUGUCUGUUUCAGUAAAAAUAUCGUCCGUGAGGAUCAGGAAUUCUUGGCCGCGGUUCUGGGAGUGGGGGCGGUGGGGGUCCAUGAUAAAUACCUGGGGUUGCCUGCGCUUAUUGCUAGGUCCAAGAUGACCACUUUCCGGUAUUUGGAGGAAAAGCUGUUGGAGCGCCUCCAGGGGUGGAAGAGGAGGACUUUGUCGUGGGCUGCGGGCUGCUAA